AUGUCUUCGUUCGAUCCCACCAAUGUCAAUUUGAAGACCGCCAGCAAGGAAGAUGUCUUAUGUUACCUGGCUAUUGAAGAAAAUGAUUACAAUGGACAUUUGGGGGCGCGGAUCUCCUCUAUUUUUGUGAUUCUAUUUGUGUCGUCGGCCUUCACAGUAUUCCCGGUCAUCUCCAAACGAAUGCCCCGAUGGAAAAUACCCUUGAGUGUCUACAUUUUUGCUCGAUAUUUCGGAACUGGAGUCAUUGUGGCUACUGCCUUUGUUCAUUUACUCGAUCCAGCCUACAAACGCAUUGGACCCAAAACCUGUGUGGGCGAAUCGGGAUAUUGGGGUCAAUAUUCCUGGUGUGCGGCCAUUGUCCUGGCUUCUGUGAUGAUAAUUUUCCUUCUUGAUCUGGCCGCAGAGGUCUAUGUUGAGCAUAAGUAUGGUGUCCACAAAGAUGAAGGGGCCACAAGUGCCUUUAUUCAACAUGAACAUCACCUGGAUGUGCAGCCACUGGACGCGGAGAAGACCGUUCAACACUCCGACAACGAACGAAAACUCGGCAUUUCGGGGUCCGAUGGGGAUUCAACCAUGGCCGAACGAUCCUUCCGUCAACAGAUUGCAGCUUUUCUCCUUCUGGAGUUUGGCAUUAUCUUCCAUUCCGUCAUUAUCGGCCUAAAUCUGGGUGUCACUGGCUCCGAAUUCUCUACGCUCUACCCGGUCCUGGUCUUCCAUCAGUCAUUUGAGGGACUGGGAAUUGGCGCACGGAUGUCUGCUAUUCCCUUUGGCAAGCAUACUUGGCUCCCAUGGAUCUUAUGUGCUCUGUACGGCCUGACGACACCGAUUUCAAUUGCCAUUGGCCUCGGUGUGCGUACAACCUACAGCCCCGGGUCGAAGGUGUCUCUUAUUAUUCAAGGUGUGCUGAACGCUGUGUCUGCGGGAAUUUUAAUCUAUAGCGGCCUGGUGGAACUGCUUGCCAGGGAUUUCUUGUUCGACCCCUGCCGGACGAAGCGCCGGUCUCGACUGUUGUUUAUGGUUGCCUGCACUCUACUGGGCGCAGGUAUCAUGGCUUUGAUAGGAAAGUGGGCUUGA